GAUGAGAGGAGGCAGCAACGGUUCCUCAUCACUAUGACACACAGUCUGAGGAUAUAAAAGCCCGGGCCACUCCUUCUGCGCCCGCUGCACGGCUUCAGAGAGCAGCUCACUUCAGGUUGCCGGACAGAGAGCGAGUGUCUGAAGAAUGGCGACGCUAGUUGAUACUGUAGAUCCUCCAGCACCCUUCGGAGGUGUCAGUAGCAUCAGGAACACGGCAUCACCCACGGCCCCGACACAUCACUUCGACGAGGGCAAAUAUUACCUGCUGGUGGUCAUCGGGGAGCUGGUCACCGACGAGCAUCUGAAGUGUGCCAUUGCGGACAUUGAGAAAGGAAUUCGUUCAUGGGACACAAACCUGAUUGAUUGUAACCUGGACCAGGAGUUGAAGCUUUUUGUUUCUCGACACUCUGCCAGGUUUUCAGCCGACGUGAGAGGACAAAAGAUUCUGCAUCACAAAAGUAAUGUGUUGGAGACAGUAGUGCUCAUCAACCCUUCAGAUGAAGCUGUUAGCACUGAGGUACGUCUGAUGGUCUCAGACACAACCCACCAUAAGCUGCUUGUCCUGGCAGGACAGUGUUUUGAAAAUACAGGCGAGCUGAUUCUCCAGUCAGGCUCCUUUUCUCUCUUCAAAUUCAUUGACAUUUUUACAGAUCAAGACAUUGGAGAGCUUCUAAGCACCAUACACCCAGCCAACAAAGCCAGUUUAACUCUUUUCUGUCCGGAGCAUGGUGACUGGAAAAAUUCGAACCUAGACAAACACAACUUGCAGGACUUCAUCCAUAUGAAGCUGAACUCCCCAACCAUCCUUCCAGAAAUGGAAGGUCUUUCUGAAUUCACAGAGUACCUGUCAGAAUCUGUAGAAAUCCCAUCUCCUUUUGACAUGCUUGAACCUCCAAAUUCAGGAGGGUUCCUAAAAUUAUCCAAACCAUGCUGUUAUAUUUUCCCCGGUGGACGGGGUGAUUCAGCACUGUUUGCGGUUAAUGGCUUCAACAUGCUGAUUAAUGGUGGAUCUGAUAGAAAGUCAUGUUUUUGGAAGCUGGUACGACAUCUGGACAGAGUGGAUUCUGUUCUCCUCACACACAUUGGAGAUGACAACCUUCCUGGUAUCAAUAGCAUGCUGCGGCGCAAAAUAGCUGAACUUGAGGAGGAGCAGUCGCAGGGAUCCACAGCUAACAGUGACUGGACAAAGAAUAUGAUUUCACCUGAUAUUGGAGUUAUGUUUGUCAACAUGCCUCAGAACCUCGAAAACCUUGAGACCAACUACAGGAUUAGGAAAAAUGCUGAGGAGGCAUGUCUCACGCUGGAGUACCUAAACAAGCUGUCUUUAAAGCCUGAACCUCUGCAUAGAAAGAUUGGAAAUACAGUAGAACCAAUUAUACUUUUCCAGAAAAUGGGGGUCGGAAAGCUUGAAAUGUAUGUUCUUAACCCAGCAGAGAAUAGCAAGGAGUUGCAGUACUUCCUGAAAGAAUGGACUGGUAGUGAUAAAGACAAAUCCCCCAUCUUGUUACCAAAUGAAAAAGAAUCAGAGCUCCCAAUCUCAUAUUUGUCUUCCAUCUCAUCACUGAUUGUGUGGCAUCCUGCUAACCCAUCAGAAAAAAUCAUCCGUGUUCUCUUUCCAGGCAAUUCCACUCAGAAUAAUAUUCUCGAAGGCCUAGAGAAACUUAAACACUUAGACUUCCUCAAACAUCCUGUGAUCACACAAAAGGAGCUUAAUUCAAAUUUCACACCAACACUGAAACAAGCAAAGAUGAAACAUAAGACAGAUAGUAAAGAGAGCCUAAAGUCCACAUCAAAGCCAUCCCCAAGCAAAAAUCUCCACAAAGAGUCCAAAGAAGAAUCCCCUGAAAAACUAAAAACCCUCAGUAAAACUGACUCUGUGGAAACCCCGGAACCGACACAAAAAAUAGAGAAGAAAGAAAAAACACUUGUGAAAAAAGUGAAAACAGGAGACAAGGACAGUAAAAGCAAGAUUGAGCAAACACCCAAAAUCGACACUCCAGAGAAAAAGAAAGUUGACCUUAAACCAAAAACAAUAAAGAAAGAAACAAAGAAGUCCGUGGAAAAAAGUGAGACUGAUAAAAAGGCUGAAAAACCCACACCCAAGAAAGAAGAAAAGGCCAAAAAAGAAGAGAAGGUGAAGAAAGAGGAGAUGAAAAAGGAAAUUAAAAGAAGAGAUAUUAAGAAAGAUUCCCUAUUAAAGGAAAGCAGAAAGGACGAAAAGAAAGAAACUCAGAAAGAUGAAAAAGAACCUAAAAAAGAUUUGAGGAAAGUCGGUGGCUUGAAAAAGAAUGCCCCUAGCACUCCUGAGGUGAAAAAACCUGCUCCUAAACCAAAGGUUGCAGCACGAGGCAAGGGCACUGGUAGUCCUGCAAAAUCCAAAGAGAAGGCUAAGUCCAAGCCCACCAAAAAAGAUGCUGGUGAACCAGUGAAAGCACCUUCCAUCUCAAGUGCUACUGCGGAAGAACCUGCUGUUGAAGCCAGUGUAACAGAUGUUCUUGAGGCAGAGAGGUCACUGAUGUCUUCUCCAGAAGACCUCACUAAAGACUUUGAGGCUCUGAAAGCAGAGGAGAUUGCUGAAGUUGACGAAAUCCUAUUACAGACCAAAAUAGACGAUUCUGAUCAAGGAAGGUUGAUUAAGCAUGAAGAAAUAACUCCUUGCAAAGAGUCUCCAGAAGCAGCAGAGUCCCUGGAUGAAGGAAUAGCAACCACAGAAGCUGAGGAGGAAUGUGGUGGAACUCCAGGGGAUCUAGAACCCAAUCAAAAAAGCAAUGGUACCAGCGAAAAAUUUGAAGAUGAAGGAACAGGUUUGGAAGAGUCAUCUGAGAUAGGAGACUAUGAAGAAAAGGGAGAUACAGAGGAAGUGGAUGAGCAAGACAGAGCAAUAUCUAAGUUAAAAGAUGAUGGACAGCAAGAAGAGCAGGAAACCGAGGAAGGAUCAGAUUACGGUGCAGAAAAACCACAAUACAGACAUGACAAAGAAACUGAGUUGCAGAGUUUUGAUGUAACCACACCACCAAAGAUCUCUGCACCGGCAUCUCCUGCUGUUUCUAUUCAUGAUGAAACACUACCAGCAGGUUUAGAAAGUGAGGUUGCCUCUGAUGAUGAAAAUCGAGAUGAGCCUCCAGAAGAAUACACAACAUCUGGACACACUCAGUCUACAAUUGAGAUCUCAAGUGUUCCAACACCUAUGGAUGAAAUGUCUACUCCAAGAGAUGUAAUGAGUGAUGAGACAACCAAUGAUGAAAGUGAUUCUCCUUCCCAAGAUUUUGUCAGGUAUGGUAUGACUACAGAUAAUGAGAGAAAGACCCUUUCACCUCUCCAAGACCUUCCUGAAUUAGAUCACUCCAAGAGCGAUGCCACUGAGGGGCAUGACUAUCAUGCAUCAGCUUCCACCAUUUCACCACCAUCUUCACUGGAGGAAGACAAAUCUGCCAAGGAGUUUUUAGCUAAAGACACAUUCUCUUUUGAUUCAAAAAGGCUCAGUGCUACCAGUACAACUUUGCCUCUUGUCAGGUCACCUUCUGGUGACCAAAACGUGAAUGUUGACCAUGUUCAUGCAGGUGUAUCUUCACCAAUUGAAUUGGGAACCACAUUAGCAGGGAUGUCAAAAGGAAUGGAAUCAUACAGUCCAGAUGAGAAAACCUUAGAGGGCCCUUUAUCUCCUCAGUCCUCAGGUCACACACCUUACUACCAAUCCCCAGUAGAGGAAAAAGCUGGCAAUCUACCACUGGACAAAACACCUGAGUCCCAGGGUCCUAUUAUUGUUGACAUCACAAGUGACAAGGAAUACUCUCCCAAAGAGGCUAGUCCUAUUGAUGAAGCAGUACCUGUGUCGCAAAUGGGAAAGAAGCAAUCACCGAGUUAUGAAGCACAUUUAUCUUCCAAUUUUGAGCUUGACCACAAGGCCCCAAGCCAGACUGACAAUAAUGAUAAAAAGUUAGCAACUGAUGACAGUUCUUCAGUUACAUCUGCUACAUCUUUGCCACCGACUAAAGUAGAGAGCCUUUCUGAUACAAAUCCUUUCACAGCAUUUAAAGAGGACAGCAAAAUGUCCAUAUCUGAGGGGACCACAUCUGAUAAGUCUGGCACUCCAGUUGAUGAGGUUGUCGCAGAGGACACAUUCUCUCGCAUCGCCUCUGCUUCAACAGCAUCGCUCGCAACAAGUUCUUUACCAGAACCUACAACAGAUGAUGUCUCCCCAUCACUUCAUGCUGAAGUUGGCUCCCCUCAUUCUACAGAAGUGGAUGACUCUCUCUCUGUCUCUGUUGUUCAGACUCCGACCACAAUGCAAGAAGCAGAAGUUUCCCCUUCCAAGGAGGACAGUCCCCGGCCUAUGUCGAUCUCCCCUGAUGUUUCCCCAAAAAUGGCAAAAUUGAGAAUGCCACAACAGGAAACAAAAUCCCCUGAGCAGUCUUUGUCAAUUAAGUGUGGACAAGAAUCCCCAGAACACUCAUUUGCAUUAGAUUUCAGCAAGCAGUCACCAGAUCAUCCAUCUUUAGGAGGAAUGCAGCGUAUAGCCACUGAAAAUGGUCCAACAGAAGUUGAUUACAGCCCCUCCGAUGGAACCAGUGUCAUAGGAGAACAGCGCAGACCUGGGGAAGACGGGGAGAAGGCAAUGCUUUUCAAAGAAUCUGACAGUACCCAGGCUGCUUCAGUUUCCCCAUCAGAUGCCUCUCAGUCCACCCCAUCAGUUACAACACCCUCCCAAAUUGGGGAGCCAAGAGAAGAUUCUCCAAAUGUAGGACAUUUCUCAGAGUCUGUUACUCCAAAACAGUCACCCCGCAAUCACUCCCCUUUAUCUUCUGACUUAUCUCUUAUUCUAGGUGGACCAAGCACCUCACAUGAAGGAACAGAUAAAGAUAAACCUAGUCCCAGCUCAUUUUACAAAGAGACUGGUAUGGAUAAAACAGAGGACAGACAAAAUCUGGAGAAGACUCCUCCAAAGACCGGGUCACCCUCAUCUCCUACGGUGUCAUCUUGUUUUCCUCCAAAGACAGAAGAGCUGAAACUUGGAUUAGGGACAAAUCCCUUUACAGACUCAAAAUCCCCCACCAGUCCCAAAAAGACAUCUACAGCUCAACAUUCUCCUAGUUACAAUCAGACAGACAUGCAAGAGAAGUUUUCCAGCAGCUCCACAUCAUAUUCCUACAGCUGUCAAUAUGGGGAAUCUACAAAAAUUUGUGAUGGUGGGUCCAUAGGGCCAGAUACCUCAAAAACAAGCCCUUCUCAGGCACGAGCAGUUGUGGACUUGUGUUUGGUGACCUCCUGUGAAUACAGACAUCCAAAGACAGAGCUUUCUCCAUCCUUUAUAAACCCAAGUCCUCUUGAGUACUUCAUGAAUGAGGAACAUCCUCUGGAGGAGGAAAAGCCGCUUGCUAGGUCUGGAGGAGGACCACCCCCACCUGGAGGGAAACAGCAGAGCAAGCAGUGUGAGGAAACUCCCCCAACUUCUGUAAGUGAAUCAGUGCCCUCUCAAACAGACUCAGAUGUUCCUCCUGGUACAGAGGAGUGCCCAUCAAUAACUGCAGAAGCAAAUAUUGACUCUGAGGAUGACUCAGAAACAUUACCAACAGAUAGGACUAUCACUUAUCGUCAUGCAGACCCACCUCCAGUCACGCCCAGAGACCCUGCUCCUGCCCCUCCACAUCCUGAUGCCUGCAUGGUGGAUCCUGAGGUCCUUAAGGCUGAAGAGGCAUCUAAAAAAGAUGAAAGAGGGAAGCCAAAAAAGAACAUCAGCAGCAAGGCUAAGUCAUCUGCAACAAAGAGCUCGUCAAAAACAAGUGCCAUCAAAGAUUUGAAAGUGUCCUCUCCAAAAAAGACUACAGAAGAUAAAGAUGCCAAAAAUGCUACUAAUACCUCUGCAUCAAGGGGAGUGACAAGCAGCACUUCAGGAAGCACUAAGUCCAGCAGUGGAACAUCAGUACCUAACUGUCCUCCAAUGUAUAUGGACCUAGUUUACAUACCAAAUCACUGCAAUGCUAAGAAUGUGGAUGCUGAGUUCUUUAAACGGAUCCGAUCCUCCUACUAUGUAGUCAGUGGUAAUGAUCCAACAGCACAGGAGCCCAGUAAGGCAGUUCUGGAUGCUCUGCUGGAAGGAAAGAGCCAAUGGGGAAAUAAUAUGCAGGUACCUUUAUCCCUACAGUGGUCUGAUUCAUAAUUCCUAUAUAUAUAUAUAUAUAUAGAAGUUAUGAGGGAGUGGUACCAGGAAACCCAUGUGAAGCAGCAAGACUUGAACAUCAUGGUUUUGGCGAGCAGCAGCUCUGUGGUUAUGCAAGAUGAGUCUUUCCCUGCAUGUAAAAUUGAGCUGUGAUUGUCAUGAUCCAGAUAUGGUAGAGGUUGGAUGUUAGACAGCAAAUAAAUGAAAAACUUAGUACACACAUUCACAAAAGCAAAUAUUUUGGAUCACAUUCCAUAUUCUCAAUAGAGGAACCAGUAAAAAUGUUUCUCAGUAGAAUUAUCUCUCUAUCUUUUGAGGUCUCAGGUUGUGAAAAUGCUUGGUUUGUCACUGUUGACCACACGAAGAACAGUUUUUGGUGUAAAUCAGACCUCCUUAAACACACAAACAACCAGCAGAAGCUAAGCUAAACUAAACAACUGACUAAAUACAUACAGUAGUCGGUGGAUGGACACUGUACUGAGCAGCUCCAAUAAAAUUGACAACAAACUACAAAUUUACUCAUUUAUGCACAGAUGAUGAAUGGAUUCUGGAUGACUCAUUAAAUGGUAUAGUUUACACCAAAGGUUGAGGGAUUGUUUUAAUGCCUUAGAAAGUUAAACUGAAUGUACAACAAACAUAAUGCACUUAAUAUGAGGACAAUUAAAUGGUAUGCAUGAUCCACUGUGACAUAAAUAUAUCAUAGGAUGCAAAAGCUACAUUAAACUUCAUAUUCCAGCCACACUGAGUUGCAUAAAAUAUGAAUGUGAAGCUUGCUACCUUUGCGAAUAAAUGCAAAAUAGAACAAUGAUCUAACCAACUUAAAAUAACUCUCUGAGAAAAAUAAAUGCCUGAGAAAACGUGAAAUACCAUAUGUUGUAGUAAAAGAACAACAACAAAAACAUCUCAUACCUUUUCUUCCUGGACAAGCAAAGAAUUCAUUAAUCAUAUUGUCACAGCCCAUCUUUAGCUUGAAAUUACACAAAUUUCACACCAGCCUUUUUUUAAAUAGGGUAAAAUAUUAAAUGUUUGAACUCCAAAAAUUGUUAUUCAUCAGUUUGUACUAGUUCUUAUUUGCAUAAUUUAUUUAUGUUAAUGUUUUUAUCUGAGCAAUACAGUCAUUAUAUUUAU